AUGGCUACUACCUCUUCAACCUCCUACUUCGAGAGAAUACAGGACUUCGUGGCUGAAAAUAAAAAGGCAGUCGUUAUAGGCACAGCUGCUGCCGCGCUCGCUGUUGGAGGUGUUAUUUACUAUGCUUCCACUUCGCGCGGUCCAGGCUGUGACUUGGAGAAGGGUAAGCCGAGAGACAAAAAGAAGUCUUCAAAGAAGAGGAAGACCGUCAAUGAUUCAGACGGCCCUCUACUUGAGGAGAUAAAGCCAAAAGUUGCUGACGAAGGUCAGUAUUACUACAAUUUGGAAGCUCUGGAAGAGAUCGCCAGAAUGUCGGCGGAGGAGCGCACAACGUUGGCAGGUACACUCAAGACACGGGGUAACACGCUUUACCAAAACCGAAAGUUCCAGCAGGCAGUAGACAUGUAUACGCGUGCAAUCCAGGUGGCAACCAAAUCGGAGUCCGUGUACUACAGCAACCGUGCGGCAUGUUACAUGAACAUGACACCCCCUAAGUAUGAUUUGGUGGUCCAGGACUGUGAUGAAGCGUUGCGUGCUGAUGCCAGCUACGUAAAAGCGCUGAACAGGCGUGCCAAUGCUCUUGAAGCCUUGUCCAGAAACCAGGAGGCUCUGCGGGAUUUCACUGCUGCCACUAUCUUGGAUAAAUUCCAAAAUGAGUCGGCUGCACAGGCUGUGGAACGCAUCUUGAAGAAGAUUGCCAUGGAGAAAGCUGCUGUCAUCCUCAGCACACGCGAACCUCGACUUCCCUCAUUCACGUUUGUUUCAGCUUACUUUGCGGCAUUCCGUGUCCGACCCCUGCCCGCACUCCCGGAGAACCCAUCAACUGGUGAUAAUACUCUUCUACUCGCAUUGGAAGCUUUAGCAGCUGCCGACUAUGCGCACGCUGUCUCGCUCGUGAAUGAGGCAAUGGAGCAGGGUAUCUCAUGGGAGAUUGGCAAAGCCGAAGCUCUCAACCUUCGCGGCACUUUCAAGUUCCUUAUGGGUGACGUGUCUGGCGCUAAGGAUGACCUGUAUGAAUCCGUUAAAAUCUAUCCCUCCUUGACACAAAGCUGGGUGAAGAUCGCGAGCGUGCACAUGGAGCAAGGCGAGGGUACGAAGGCCUUUGAGUGUUUUGAGGAAGCGAUCAAGCACAACCCCCAGGACCCCGACAUCUAUUACCACCGUGGACAAGUUCUCUUUAUCACCAAUGAGUUCAAGGAUGCCGCAGACAACUACACCAAGUCCAGCGAGCUUGAUGACACAUUUGUAUUCUCGCAUAUCCAACUUGCCGUUGCCCUGUACAAGAUGGGUGAACUCGCGCGGAGUAUGGCGACUUUCCGACGGACGAUGACAAAUUUCCCUCAACGGAGCGAGCCUCAGAACUAUUAUGGCGAGCUGUUGUUGGAUCAACAACGUUUCGUGGAUGCUGUUGAUAAGUUUGAUCGUGCUGUGGAGCUCGAGCGUGCUAAACCUCCUCCGAUGAACGUUCUCCCUCUUGUUAACAAGGGCCUUGCCAUCUACCAAUGGAAACAAGACAUCGCUGCCGCAGAACAGUGCUGCGAUGAAGCCUUGAAAAUUGAUCCUGAGUGCGAGCCUGCAGUCGCUACGCUUGCCCAAUUGUCAUUGCAACAGGGCAAGAUUGACCGCGCUGUUGAGAUGUUCAAGAGGCAAGCGGAACUAGCGCGCAGUGAGCCAGAGCUGAUUAAUGCCCUUACAUACCAAUAUGCAAGUACGGCACAGUUGGAGUUCACACGCAACUACCCCGAGAUGGCGGAGCAGUUGGCACAGAUCGCAAGGUCGAUGGCAGCGUGA